AUGAGGGACUUUAUCGAGCACACGCUCGGCUUGGGCACGUACAUGAAGUCGCGUCCUAAACUGGAGCCCUUUUCUUCGGUUGACAAUGGCAGCUUUAUUCCAACCUUAAUGCCUCCUAUUGAGUCUGUCGGUGGACAGCACUCACAAGUUGGGGGCAUCUAUGCUAAUUACCGAGCGGCGUACGUUCGCAGGGACGAGGAGACGGUGGUCGCUGCUGGUCCUGAGCCUCCACCACAAUUGGUGACGCCUGAUGCUCGACUGCAGAAGAGUUUAAAUCUCUCGUCGCCGGAUAUGAAAUCUGAAAACAUUACCGAGUCCAUUUCAAAGAUGAUCGAGCUGAGUCCGGGUUCAGCGGUGGAAGCAGCUGCUGCAGCUCCUCUGGGCAAUGGAACGACAGCAACGACGACGACUAUUCCCACUACGACAAUAACUUCUAAUAUUUCAGAUAUAACAAUUCCAAUUACCACUACAAUAGCCCCCAGCUUUGCAGAGGAAAUUCUCACCACUAUCGCCACUGACACUGGCACAUUCAUUAAUUCGUCUAAAGAAAACAAUAGCAGCAGCAUUGAGCUAGAUGAGAAGCCUCUAGAAGUGGAAGAUUCCUCUCACUUCUCAAACGAAACCAAGUCAGAGGCCUCUGAAACUCUCAUCGAUGCGAAUGACAUGGUCAUCGAGGGAUCCGGCUUUGCACCGGAAACACCGGAGCCUCUUGCCAAGGAUGUUGCACAGCAACCAACGUUGGCAUCCAUGCUAGGAGACGAGCUGACGACUCAAAGUGACAGUGCGUUGGCUGACAACUCUAAUGCGCAAAUCGAAGAGACAACACCAGCGACAACUACAGUUUUGCCUUUUUUGAAUUCAGCUGAUGAGGUGUUUAUCACAACGACUACCCCCACAAUAUUCAGUUCACCACCUGAGCUGAAUGAAAGUUUGCCGGAUCAGUUCACCACCACCACCUUGCCUACUACCACCUCGGCAGAGGAAAUUGAAACGACCGAGAGUGUUUUCACUUUGAAAGGAAAUGCCACCAAUUCAAGCCACUCGUCUCCAACUGUUACCACUUUUAUGCCUGAAAAAAGGAGCAACGUUUUUCGCGUUGAGGACGCCAGCAAUUCAACUGUGGUUUAG